GGUACCUGGCCCAUGCCUCUGCCUCUGCCUCAGCCUCUCUGCCUCAGCCUCUCUGCCUCAACCUCAGCAGCAUGCAGUCCUCGCUGUUCGCCGUGGGUCACACUUUCGGGCUCCCGACCCCCGUGUCCUCUGUAUGGAAGCCGUCCGCGGACGCGCCGCUCGCGCUGCUGCUCUCCAACUGGUCCGCGCCAGACAGAACCAACGGCACCACGGACCCGCUGGAGCACCGGCGGCGCGCGCAGUCCUACGGCCACUUCUCCCAGAGCGCCGCGGUGCUCGUGACCGCGCUCAUGACGCUCCUGGUGUUCGCCACCGUGCUCGGGAACGCGCUCGUCAUCCUGGCGUUCGUGGUGGAGAAAAGUUUGCGCACCCAGGGCAACUUUUUCUUCCUCAAUCUGGCCAUAGCGGACUUUCUGGUCGGUGGGUUCUGUAUCCCGGUGUAUAUUCCCUACGUGCUGACGGGAGAGUGGAGGUUGGGCAGAGGUCUGUGUAAGCUGUGGCUGGUGGUGGACUACAUGCUGUGUACGGCAUCGGUCUUCAACAUCGUGCUCAUCAGCUUCGACAGGUUCCUCUCCGUCACCAGAGCAGUGAGCUACCGCUGCCAAAAGGGCGUGACCCGUGAGGCCGUGCUGAAGAUGCUGUGUGUCUGGUUGGCUGCUUUUCUGCUGUAUGGGCCGGCCAUCAUCAGCUGGGAGCACAUCACCGGGAAGAGCGUGGUUCCUCAGGGUGAGUGCUACGCAGAGUUCUACUUCAACUGGUACUUCCUGAUGACCGCCUCCACUGUCGAGUUCUUCACCCCUUUCAUAAGCGUCACGUAUUUCAACCUCAGUAUCUACAUCAACAUCCGAAACCGCUGCAUGCUUAGAGAAGAGCGCUCCGUCAGCACGCACCUGAGGAAGGGGAGAACCGGAGAAGCCAAGCCUUUCUGCACGGGUGACGUCCAGCGUGUGUUUUUUGUGAGGCCAGCUGAGGAGAGCAGCGUCAUCAAGAACUCAUCUUCAAGGUCUCGGUGUUGUCGGUUGUCCAGCGCGACAGUGUCAGGAAGCGAUUUUGAAAACGGCAAACGGACUACGAAGAGGAGAAUGAGUGCGAUUCCGGAUCUUCCGCCUCUGCAGGUUGGGGACGUGGUGAACGAGACGGGUUUUAACUGCGCUGGAUAUUCGGGCAGGUCACACAGGAACCAAGGGGACGUUUCGUCGAAUCUCGCCAGCCGCUUUCGGCUCUCCAGGGACAAAAAGGUGGCCAAGUCUCUGGCCGUGAUCGUGUGCGUGUUUGGCCUGUGCUGGGCUCCGUACACACUCCUGAUGAUCAUCCGGGCUGCCUGUCAUGGCCAGUGCGUUCAGCACUACCUGUACGAGAUCUCCUUCUGGCUCCUGUGGAUUAAUUCUUCCAUCAAUCCCGUGCUUUAUCCGCUCUGCCACACCAGCUUCAGGAGGGCUUUCAGUAAACUGUUGUGUCCGAGUAAAAUAAAGAUCCAGCCGCAGUACAUGGACCAAAAAUACUAAACAAACGCAGAACUGAGAGCUGCGAAGUGUUCGUGUGUGCAGAUGAUAUUCGUGUCAGGAUGUUUUCCUAAUCUCCAUCAGUAUAUCGGUGUAAAAGCUGUCAUACUGACUGAAGUAAACUCAGUUUUGUGUACUCAUGUUCUUUUGAGGUGAGCUUGAGAAGCUCCAAUGUGGUGCAACUGUGUGAAGUUUGAACUUAAGCAGGACUGCAGGCAUCCGGAGCCAAGCGUCAACGUUCCAUCACGCACAACCAGAGAACAGCCAGCUGAUGGAAGCUCGAAGGAAAGCACGAACAAUCUGACAGUGUCGAUUCGGGAGGAAAAAGGGAAAAGCCCCCUAACUAAAGAAAACGAUGCUGAAAAUUUAACCCUUUAGAUUGUCUAGGAGAUACGGCUGAGCGCAAGGUUUCUUGGGUACAAAAGAUUUUUAUUCUUUUGUAAUGUAACAAAAGGAAAACAGAAGAAAAUAUAAAACAUUACAACUGACAGAAGCCUCAGGCUGUUUUAUGAGGAAAAGAAAAAAAGUUGUGUAUCAUUUAGAUUCACCACCAUUAUUAAUAUACUAUCAUCAUCAGAUCAGAUCUCCUUUACCAUCAUAUUUAUGCUACACAUAAAAACAAAAUUGUGUUUCACACAGCCACCAGUCGGUAAUUCAGUGCAAAAAGCCUGUAAAAGAUUUUAAGUUAAUAAGAGCACUAAUAAAUAAACUAGAUUUUACUAAAAUAGAAUAAAGUGGUUUAAUAAAAUAUUUGUUUAUGUAGAGGAGCAGCUUCUUGUGUGCAGUUCACGCUCUCUGGUUGAGUAACCUGACUGCUGUGGGAAAGAAGCUGUUUGACAGCCGAGUCGUCCUUCAUCUGAUCAUCAUCAUCGUGUUAGCAUUAGAUGAUUUUUACUACUUGUGAUAAAGAACGAACCUCUGUGGAACCAAAACGUAUUAAAAUAAACAUAUUGUAUUCAUUUUAUCUUAAAAACGUAACUUUUUCACUUGACUGUAGUUUGUCCUUUCGUACUUUCAAUGUUGCAGAUUUGUCAAAUGAAA